AUGCAAUUAGAUAUUGCUGAAUUCCCUGUACAAAUACUAGUACAUAUAGUAUCAGAUUUAUUGGAAUCCAUCAUUCAAACCAAUGAUGAAUUGAUGAUCAAUACACCUUUAACUCGUUUUCAUUCAAGAGCAAAGCCUAGUAUUACUAUCCACGCUUACUUGACAAGAAUUCUUAAAUUCGCCCCUUUUUCUAAUGAAGCCUUAUUAUCUCUUUUGGUUUAUUUCGAUCGGAUCGCUUCUAAAAAACAAUAUGCUGUUAAUUCUUUAAAUGUACAUCGUUUACUUAUUACAAGUGUUGUCGUUGCUUCAAAAUUCACUUCUGAUGUUUAUUAUCCUAAUAGUCGAUAUGCCAAGGUGGGCGGAUUACCACUAUUGGAACUUAAUCAACUGGAAUUAGAAUUUCUUUUUCUUUGCGACUUCCAACUUCAUGUUCCUUUAGAAGAUCUUCAAGAUUAUGGCAACCAACUUUUAUACCAUGCCGUUAGCAAAUCUUCUCCAGCCUUGGUUUCAACGCACUUAUCUUUGCCACCAUCUCCUAUAGAACAACAACAACAACAACAAAAUCAAAAACAAUCUGUAGUCGUAGCUGUUCCGAGAACACCACCUACUCCAGUUACUAUCACUGCACCUAUCAGUCUUACAACAACAAAAAGUAAAAAACGACCUUAUCAACAACAACAUCAACAAGUAACUUCUGUACGAAAACGAUUUUGUCCUUCUCCUCCAUACAAUACCAAUGACACUAGAGCCACGAAGACCAAGACCGCUAUUAAUACUACUCUCUCUCAUUGAUAUCCUCUAUAUCUCCUUUUUUUUUUUCCCUCUUCU